AUGACAGCAACAACAACCUCACCUUCCACAUUUUCCCUCUUCUCCAGUCUCGCUCUUGAGUUGCGCACUCAAAUAUGGCAAGGAUCUCUUCCCUCCGAAUUUCCUCCAGCACUCUACUUCUACAAAAAAGGAUGUUGGCAACCCCGAAUUUUCACCGAAUUUGACCCAGGUUACUACGAUGAAGUCAGUGAACAAUUCAGCACUGAAGAUCUGAACAGAAACUUCGAAUUCCGCUACGAUCUUCUUGAUAAUAUUCACGUUCAGACGCCUCUCUUAUUUGUGAAUCAUGAGGCUCGAAAGAUCACCCUCAGUUGGGCACGCAGUCAUGGUAUCGAAAUAUGCGGAGAUCCACUUGUCCCACGCUUAUCUCUUCCUUUCAACCCCGUUCGGGAUAUACUCUAUGUAUCUGCUGAUAAAUGGGAUGAGCUUUUCAUUGAACCCCAUGAUCGAUCUGCUGAGGAAGACAUGAUUAAUCUAACUCAUGGAACAUUCAAUGAAGUUAAGCGUCUUGCUGUGCCAGAAUCGAUGCUUGGAGUUUACUUCGCCAUGGCCACCUUCGACGGAUUAUCUGAUUAUUAUAACAUCGAAGCACUGUAUGUCAUUAUCAAUACGCCACUGGGCUUACGUUCUGUCGAUGAUGAUUUGCAUGUGCAGUCGCGGUGGGAGUGUGAGAACUUGCCAUCAUGUACUUUUCUCUUAGACAGCAAAAGGUCGGUAUUUGAACUGAAAGAGAACGGAGACAAUGGGGAUGAUCAGAUCCAUCUUUUGACUAAGGAAAUCAGUCGAUAUUGA